AUGCUGUGGAUCCUGUGUCUGGCGCUCUGCAGCCUGCUGACUCCUGCGCGAGCAGACCCUGGGGCGCUGGUGCGGCUGGGCAUGGACGUCCUGAGUCGCGAGGUCCAGAAUGCCAUGAAUGAGAGUCAUAUCCUGGAGAAGAUGGCAGCUGAGGCGGGCCAAAAACGCCCAGGGAUGAAGCCUAUCAAGGGCAUCACUGAUCUGAAAGUGAAGGAUGUGCUGCUGCCCGUCAUCACAAUGAACUUCAUGCCUGGAGUGGGCGUCUUCCAGUGUGUGUCCACGGGCAUGACCAUCACUGGCAAGAGCUUCAUGGGUGGGAACAUGGAGAUCAUCGUGGUCCUGAACAUCACAGCCACCAACCGGCUUCUGCAGGACGAGGAGACAGGCCUCCCCAUGUUCAAGAGUGAGGGCUGUGAGGUCAUCCUGGUCAGCGUGAAGACAAACCUGCCUAGCAACAUGCUGCCCAAGGUGGUCAACAAGUUCCUGGACAGCACCCUACACAAAGUUCUUCCUGAUCUGAUGUGUCCUGCCAUUGAUGCAGUCCUGGUGUAUGUGAACAAGAAGUGGGCCAGCCUGAAUGCUCCCAUGCCUGUGGGCCAGGUGGGCACCGUCCAAUAUGUCCUGACGUCCGUACCGACCACCACAGCCAGCUACAUUCAAGUAGACUUCAGUCCUGUGGUGCAGAAGCAAAAGGGCAACACCAUCCAGCUUGCGGAUGCCGGAGGGGCUGCUUUCCCUGAGGACUAUGCUGAGGGCUCCUCGCAGCUGCUGCUCUCGGCCGCCUUCCUCACGGCAGAGCUUGCUCUUCUGCAGAAGUCCUUUGAUGUGAAAGUCAAGGAUACGAUGAUUGGUGAGCUGCCCCCCCAAACCACUGUAACACUGGCUGGCUUCAUCCCUAAAGUGGCUGAAGCCUAUCCCAAGUCGAAACCCCUUGUGACCAAAAUCAGGAUAAACAAGUCCCCCAAGGUCACCAUGAAGACAGGCAAGAGCCUGCUGCACCUCCACAGCACCCUGGAGAUGUUCGCUGCUCGGCGGCAGGGCAAGCCGCCUGUAUCCCUCUUUGUCCUGGAAACCCACUUCAACCUGAAAAUCCAGUACUCAGUUCAUGAGGACCGGCUGCAGAUGACCACCUCUCUGGACAGAUUACUGAGCAUGUCCCGGAGGUCCUCAUCGAUUGGCCUCUUCAAGGAGAAGAAAUUGACUGGCUUCAUCACUGAUUUUCUCCAAAAGGCCUACAUCCCAGUCAUCAAUGAUGUACUCCAAGUUGGGUUCCCACUUCCUGACCUUCUGGACAUGAACUACAACCUGGCAGGGCUGGACAUAACUGAGAAUGCCCUGGUGCUGGACUUGAAGCUGGACUGA